UCGCGGCCCGUCCCGGCCCCGCCAUGGCCGCCCCCCCCCGCCUCGGCAUCCAGAUGCUGCUGGAGGCCGCCGAGUUCCUGGAGCGGCGGGAGCGAGAAGCCGAGCACGGUUACGCCUCGCUGUGGCCCGGCGGGAAGGACGGCGAGGCCCCGCGGCGCCGCGCCAAGGCCCGGAGGAGCGGCGGCGGCGGCAGGUCGACACACAAUGAGAUGGAGAAGAACAGGCGUGCCCAGCUCCGGCUGUGCCUGGAGAGGCUGAAGGGGCUGGUGCCCCUGGGGGCGGCGGCCGGGCGGCACACCACGCUCAGCCUGCUCACCAGGGCCAGGCUCCACAUCCAGAAGCUGGAGGACCAGGAGCGCCGAGCCCUGCACCAGAUCGAGCAGCUGCAGCGGGAGCAGCGGCACCUGCAGCGGCAGCUGGAGAAGCUGGGCAUGGAGCGGGUGCGCAUCGACAGCAUCGGCUCCAGCCUCUCCUCCGAGCGCUCCGACUCGGAGCAAGGUGAGAGCCCGGCGCGGGGCGCGGCCGCGGGGAGCCCUGGCCCCGCCGGAGCCCCAACGCCGCCCGUGUCCCCGGCAGAAGAGAUGGACGUGGACGUGGAGAGCACGGACGACCUCCCGGCCGAGCUGGACUGGAGCAGCAGCAGCCCCAGCGACUCGGACGAGCGCGGCAGCCUGCAGAGCCUGGGCAGCGACGAGGGCUACGCCAGCUCCGGCGGGGCGCGGGCCAGGCUGGCGGGCGGCAGGAAGCUUCCCGCGGGCGUGUAGGGAGCGCUUCCCUCGGCCUGGCAUCGGCCAGCACAGCCACAGCGACAGCGACAGCGACAGCGACCCCGCCAGCAUUCCCUGCACGGAAACCCCCGCCGGCCCGCCCGCUCCCGGGGCUCCGUUUGCUCCCGGGGCUCCGUUUGCUCCCGGGGCUCCGUUUGCACCGCCUGCUCUGCUCCCGGAUCUCCGUUUGCUCCCGGGGCUCCUCUCUGCCCACCCCGGAGCCCCCGGGACUGUCCCGGCAAUAGCAGCGGCCUCAGGAUCCUGCGCUGGAUCCUCCCCAGGCCGUCACUGCCCGGUGUUCCCCGGUUCCCUCCAUGCUCAGGACAAGCUGAGGGUUUUCGGGAGCAGAGCCAGGGCGCAGCCGGUGCUUUGUGAUUCCCGUCCCGGAACCGGGAGCGGCGUUUGGGAUCAGCCUCAGUCGGGGCCGCCUUGCCCGACUCUAAACCUUCAGGGACCCCUCGCCAGCCCUGGAGCGCUGUGGCCGGGGCAGGCUCGGAGCCCUGGGCUCCUGUGCCACUCGCGGAGCGUGGCACGGCCUCGCAGACCCUGGGAUCCCCUCCCCAUCCUCUCGGGGACAGCUUCUCUACCUCGGAGGGAGCCGGGGCCUCUCUCCACCCCUUCAGCACAAAGAUGAUGCCUCUGCU